AUGGAGAAGCGUGAUUAUGCGGCCGCGGUCGCGGCGCUGAAUACGCUGCAGUCCAACUUUGCAAUUGUCGAUGCAAUUCGCAAAUCUGGACGUGGUAUGAACAAGGCGGCCAUACCUGAGAUGAUCGAAUGGUGCAGCAAGAUCGGCUACAAGCCCUCGGAUUUCGAUAAGAUGAAGCCUGUACACAUUGCUGGAACCAAAGGGAAAGGCUCUACGAGUGCUUUUAUCUCCUCGAUCCUAUCCCAGUACACCUCUCCUAGUGACGCACAGUUACAACCCUCGAAAAUCGGCCUCUAUACAUCCCCGCACCUACGAUUCGUUCGCGAACGCAUACAGAUCGACAACGAGCCGAUAUCUGAGGAGAAGUUUGCAAAGUACUUCUUCGAAAUAUGGGAUAGAUUGGAGGCUGCAGCAAAGGCAGAGAACACACCUGCCAAUGUCCCAACAAAGCCUGUCUACUUCAGGUAUCUCACACUUAUGGCAUUGCACGCGUACCUACACGAAGGUGUCGAUUCUGCGGUCAUAGAAUGCGGUAUCGGUGGAGAGUAUGACAGCACCAACAUCUUGACAAAGCCGACAGUCACUGCAGUGACCAGCUUGGGCAUUGAUCACACCGCUAUGCUCGGAUCUACACUUCCCGAGAUAGCGUGGCACAAAGCUGGGAUCUUCAAACUAGGGAGCAUCGCAUUCUCAGCGCCCCAAAAGGCGGAGGCUAUCAAGGUUCUGCGAGAGCGAGCUGCAGAGAAGGGUGCCGGUCUACACGUGAUUGACCUUCACCCGUCGCUGACCAACGGUAGCGUCAAGCUUGGGCUGUCAGCGGAUUUUCAGAAGAUCAAUGCUUCUGUUGCAAUAGCUGCUGCUGCUGCUCAUCUGCGUGCUUUGGGUCACACGUCAAUACCGGACCCCACAAAGACAACGCACAUUGAACUACCUCCACAAUUCAUCAGGGGUCUCGAACAGGUGCGCUGGUCUGGCCGCUGCGAGACACGGCGAGAAAAGAACGUUGCUUGGCAUAUCGAUGGUGCUCACACGCUUGAAAGUAUCGAAGCUACGGGUCGAUGGUUCACCAAGCAGAUCGCUGCUGCACUUACAGCUACUCCACAACAGUCCAAGGUCCCUCGAGUUCUGAUCUUCAACCAACAGACUCGAGAUGCAGGCGCUCUUGCCAGAGCACUUUACGCGGCGCUGCAGAAUAGCAUAACAUCUGGAUCGACGUCACCUUUCACAAAUGUCAUUUUCACGACCAACCAGACUUUCAAUGAAGGUUACAGACCCGAUCUGGUUUCCAUCAAUACCGACAAACACGAAGUUGAUGUUCUUGCUGUGCAGAGAGCGUUAGCAAAUACUUGGGCUGAGAUCGAUAGUACUGCAGAAGUGCGUGUCUUGAGGACCAUUGAGGAGGCUGUCAGCGCCGCACGAGCGGUAGCACGCGAAUGGGCGAAUGGCACAGACGCAGAAGUGAUGGUCUUGGUCACAGGCAGCCUCCACCUGGUCGGCGGUGCCCUCGAGGUGCUGGAGUCCGGAAAAUCGACUUGA